AGUAUUCAGUGUGUGGAGCUGAAACUACCCACUGAGCUGGCACUGCAGCUCACGGAACUCUUCGGUCCUGUUGGAAUAGACCCAGAUACCUGCCCGGCCGAUGACUACACAGUGCAGAUGGACCUGAGCUUGGCAAAACUGCUCCACCAGAAGUGGAAGGAAACCAUCCAGGAACGGCAAAGACAAGCAACUCUUUCCUUUCACUUGCUGCAGGAAAAUAAUUACAUGCCAUUGGACAACCAGCCAGACGCCUUUGGUCGGAUCCCGUUCAUGGACCACUGGAAUGCUCCCCGUCCACAUGUCUCUCUUCGAGAUAUUAUAAAAGAGCAACAGGCUUUACAGGAAAACGUAAAGAAGACCAGACAAAGUCGUGCAGAAGUCGACCGACGUGACGGAGCCACAUUGUUGAAAGAGAACCAGCUGUACUCCCUGUUCCCCUCCAUUGACAGGCAUUUUCUCCAGGACAUCUUCAGAGACCACAAUUACAACCUGACUCAGACAGAGCUGUUUCUUCGCUCUCUGCUGGACGAGGAGCCUGUGAAGACAGUAGUUGCCCCAGAAGCUCCUCGGUCCGACCACCACAGAGCAGCCAGCAAGGAGAGGGAAAAGAGGCAGAAAGCCCUGGAGGCAGUCGUACCAGACUAUCAGAACACAGAGGACCCCGAGUAUACAGACUUCAGGGCUGAGGCCGACCUGCAGAGGAGCCGACAGCUCGAGAGUUUCGCGAAGGCUGCAGAGGCCUACAAGCAGGGGCGCAAAGAAGUGGCAUCAUUUUACGCACAGCAGGGACACUUGCAUGGCCAGCGGAUGCAUGAGGCCAAUCACCGUGCUGCAGUUCAGAUUUUUGAGAGGGUCAACUCAUCGCUGCUGCCCAGAAAUAUCCUGGACCUCCACGGGCUGCAUGUAGACGAGGCUCGAGAGCAUCUGGCCCGAGUCUUAGAGGAGAAAACCGCAGAAUACAAGCAGGGUCUGUGUCGACCUCAGCUCUCUGUCAUCACAGGAAGAGGGAACCACAGCCAGGGGGGCGUGCCCCGCAUCCGCCCCGCCAUUAUAGAAUACCUCAUGAGCAAAGACUACUGGUUCACAAAGCCAAAGCCAGGCGUUUUGGUGGUUUCAUUGAAAUGAAAAGAACCAGUUUAUUGGAUUCAGACUACAGCUGCUACGGAGGACAACUCUUUCUAUAUCCGCCAUCCUCCACGUCUGCGAUGCCCAAAUACAAAUAUUCCAGUCUGUACGGUGUGAUACACUCAGCCUACUUGUCUUACUUCUGUUAGUCAGUUUGGGUAGUUUUUGUUUUUUACUCAACCUGUCUCUCUCUCUUUUUCUGUGAACUUACAGGUACAUAAUGUCUGGUUAAGCUGAGGCUAUAUUCAAAUCAGAUUUUAAUGUUAAAUCUAUAUUUUUCCUGUGUUUAUGAAAAAGGACUGCAUUAGUGUGAAAGGAAAAAAAUCUGCAUCUGUAAAGCGAGAAUACAUGGAUACUAUAUUUAUAUUUAAAAAUAUUUUAGUGUACAUUUGCCUUUGGUGUAUUUUAAAGAGAGAAAAAUUCCUGUUUAUCAGACUCCAUGUUAAAUAAGUUAUUGAAUCAUUUGAACAUUUAUUCAUUUGGAGUCAUGUUUGAGACACAUUGUGAAUAUUUUACCCAACUUAAUUUGAAUCAUGAUCGCUUGAUGUCUGCUGAGAGAUUUCUCUCUAAGAUUUUAAUUCAUAUAAAACAACUUAUUUGAGACAUAGUUUAACCGUUUUAUUUGAUGUUGGUUAUACAUUUACUGUUUUGCCAUCACAAAGCCAAAUGUUUAGAAGAAAGAACACCAGCCUGAAGCUCCACAGAUGAUCAAAGGCCAACAACCUCAUCAGGUUGAACCUCCACUGUGAUUCUCGUCUUUGCAGUUCCUUUUGCAACAUUAUACUGUUCGUUUACUUUUGCGUAAGUCCAAACAAAGUUUAGCUGCUAAUAUAUUGAUAUUUCCACUCAGGUGACCAUUUAAUAAUUCACAAUUUUUCUUCUUUUUCAAGGCCGGUUGAUUGUUUCUGGCCUGGUAGCUUUUUAAAACACACUGUGCCAAAUUUUGUAGCAGCUGUAUUGCUAAUAUUACUACAUUAGUUUUGUAAACUUAAAAUCUUUUCUGUUUUUCUUUUCUACCUGUAUAAUAUUUUUCAUAAAAGUGUAAAAACGGUGUUAGCAAAUUUUACUGACUGUACAUAAUGUUGUGAGGACAAGAAUAUUGUAUUUUUUAGUCAUUUGAUGGUAAGGUUUUACAGAGCAUAUAAUAAGGUGGAAUAAAAUCGUAUUUGUUUACA